GUGUCAGGGAGGAGGAAGAGAGACAGAGGAGGGAUAUUCUGACUCUCAGACAGAGAGAGAAGACUCUUCUAUCAGAGUUGCAGACCCAGGAGAGGAGGCUGUGUGAGACCCAGAGAGAGAGCAGAAUGAGGGUAGAGGACACGGCUCGCCUACAGUCUCAGCUGGAUCAAGUCCAGAGCUCACACACGCAAACUAUGCGCCAGGCAGAGGCCAAAAUGGUGGAGGUGAGGACCGAACUGAGUGAUGAGUAUGGGAGGAGACUGGAGGAGAAGGAAGAAGGAAUGAAACGGAUAACCGAAGACCUGAAUAAUGUGAGGGAGAAACACACCUCUGCCAGGGAUCAGUUGAGGAGUACAGAGGGUAUUCUCCAGUCUCUGAGGAUGCAGCUACAGGACAGAGACAGUCAGCUGGAGAAUGCUACUAACAAGAUCUUUACACUAAAGACUUCUCUGAAGGAGGCUGAGGAGAGUUGUGUGGCUGCUAAGACAGAGGUCCAGACUCAGACGACACUACUGGAGGAGAUGAGCAGAGAACUGGGGAGACUCACACUGGCUCAGAAUAAAUCUGUGGAAGAGGUGAAUGAGCGUGGGGAGAUGCUGAGACACAUGAAGCAGGACCUGUCUGCUCUGAAGGCCACUCAGGACUCACUAAAGAGAACCCUCAGUAUGAAGGAACAACACACACACCAGCUAACACACGACAACACACACCUCCGACAAAACCUGGACACGCUAAAGAACAAGCUCCUGGUUAGUGAGGACAGGGUGUGUACUCUGUCAGUAGAGCUGGAUGAGUUGAAGAUCGGUCUGGGUAAAGAGAGAGAUCAGUGUCAGCAUCUCCAGGACCAGAUUUUACAGCAGAGUCAGGAUCUGGUGCGGGCCAACAACACACUCACUGACACACGCAGGGCUGCUGGCAGGAAGAUUCACAAGAAGGACAGCAAGCUGUCUGUGUUAUUGAAGGAGCUAGCAAAGGUUAAAAAUCACUUAUCUGAUUGUAAAAAAGAGUUGCUCAGUAGAGAGUCUGCAUUGGCAAAACAGCAGGAGGAGACGGCUCAGCUGAGAUCCAAGAUGGAGGACUGUUCCCGUCAAUGUUCAGCUCUGAACAGGGAGAAAGAGAGACUGGAGACAAACCUCACACUUACUAACCAGAAACACUGCACCGCACAAGGAGAGGUGAGCAGUAGAGACCAGGUGAUUCUACAGUUGAGGACAGAGCUGAGUAAAGCGGAGCAGAAGUAUCAAGGGACACAGGAGGAGCUGGCCAUGCUGGAGGCUGAGGUCAGCCGUCUGAACCAGAAGGUCAAGGGUCAACAGGAAGAGGCGUGUCUUCUCAGGCAGAUGUUCAGAGAGGGGGAGGGGCUUAGAGACCAGGAAGUGAUGGAACGACAACAGAUACAGAACGCACUCUGUAUCGCACAGCAACAGGUGAAGUCCCAGACCAUGUCUAUAGAGCAGCUAACAUCUGAUCUAGACUCAAUGAAACAGAACCACAGAGCCGACACAGAGCGCUGGAGCCACAGGCACUUCCUGCUCAGCAGCCAAUUAGAGCAGGCUUCCUCUGAGCUAAGUCGAUCCCAGGCCGAGGUCAGAGAGCGCAGGUCAGAGGUCACAGAGCUGAGGGGAAAGCUCCAACUGGCAGAGGAGGGAUACCAGGAGGCUCUGGAGAAGGUUGAAGAAGCUAAAGGGUUGGAAAACACACAAGACACUGAGAUAGAGCUUUUGAGACAACAACUGACGGACCUCCAGGAGGACCUGAGUGAAACCACGUCCAGGACUCAGGGCCAGGAGGAGAAGGCGGCCAUCUUUAAACAGAAGUACUGCGUUGCUAUGGAGAAGGUGCAGCAGCUCCAGGGACACAUAGAGUGUGUGGAGGAGGAGCUCAGAUACACACAACAACAGCUGACUGAAUCCAAGGCAGUGGUAGACAGGGUUAAGGCGGAGCUUACAGAGCUGGAAGGGUGCUACGAAGAAAAACAUGGCCAAUGGGAGCGCUCGGAGGAAGCCCUGGACCAACUGACUGACGAGCUGCAGGCCAAUCAGAUGGCUCUGGGGGAGGGGCGGGAGAGAGUGGAACAGUGUGAAGGAACCAUACAACAUCUACAGCAAGAGAUACUAAAGUAUGAGAGUUCUCUGAAGUCCUACCAACAGAAUUACUCCUACUCUGAUGAGCAGUAUUGUGCCUUACAAAGACAGAGACUACAACUGCAGAAGCAAUCCACAGAGCAGGUAGAGCGCUUGGCCAAUUGUGAACAGGCCCUGCUACAGAUGAGGGCCGAGUAUCUUCGCAGGGAGGAGGAACUAGAGAAGCAGAGCCAGGAGAAGGCGGGACUAGAGAGAACCCUGCAAUCUCUUCACCUGGACCUGGCCGCCUCCCACCGCAAACAUCUGGUCACUCACACACAGCUGGAGCAGGAAGUGACACAGCUACAGGAGGAAGUGACACGCCUACAGGAGGAGCUGGUCGACACCCACGACACCUGUACACAGACACAACAGACCAUCCAGGGGCAGGAUGUCUUGCUCCAGCAAGUUGAGGAGGACCUGAAGGAAACCAAGCUGCUCCUUCAGAGGAGAACCAAGGAUCUGAAGGAGGAGAAAGUCUGGGUGCAGAGGCUCAGAAAGGAGGCGCAGGAGCAGAGAGAGGAGGAACACAGACUUGGUGAGGAGGCCAGGGAGAUGCUAAAGAGGAGAUGCAGGGAGCUGGAGGAAGAGAAAGAGGAGGUGAAGAGGAGAAGCAGGGAGCUGGAGGAAGAGAAAGAGGAGGUGAAGAGGAGAAGCAGGGAGCUGGAGGAAGAGAAAGAGGAGGUGAAGAAGAGAAGCAGGGAGCUGGAGGAAGAGAAAGAGGAGGUGAAGAGAAGAAGCAGGGAGCUGGAGGAAGAGAAAGAGGAGGUGAAGAGGAGAAGCAGGGAGCUGGAGGAAGAGAAAGAGGAGGUGAAGAGGAGAAGCAGGGAGCUGGAGGAAGAUAAAGAGGAGGUGAAGAAGAGAAGCAGGGAGCUGGAGGAAGAGAAAGAGGAGGUGAAGAGGAGAAGCAGGGAGCUGGAGGAAGAGAAAGAGGAGGUGAAGAGGAGAACCAGGGAGCUGGAGGAAGAUAAAGAGGAAGCGCAGACACUCAAAGAGGCCCUGUUGGAACUACGCAGGAGUCACAGACAGACAGUGGAGGAGCUGUCAUGUCGUGGAGAGGAGGUUUGGAGGUUGGAGGGGAGUGUGAGAGAAGGAAGACAGGCAGAGGAGAGGAGGAGGCUGACAGUGGAGAGGCUGGAGAGGCAGUCUGCAGAGCUGAGACUGGCCCUACAGCAGGCCAUGGAGAACACACUCAACACACAGAGAGACAACCACACAACACAGGAACAAACCACCAUCACUGCCAAUACCCCCCUGAAAACAUCCAUCCAGCCAGUCAGAGCGAGACCGCACACAUCAGCCAGCCAGGAGAGAGAUGCUCAUGUGAAACCGGUCUCUUUAGGACUGGUGAAGACAUUGGAGGAGGAGAACAACUCAUUGACCAAUCAGGUGAGGACUUUGGAGGAGAAGUACAGCUCGUUGACCACUCAGCUGCUAAGGUCACAGAGCCGGGGCCAAGACGACGUCCAGCGGCUAGCCAAUCAGGAGGAGCGUCUGGUCGUACUGAGGACAGAGUCAGAGACGCUACAGGAGAAGUACAGCAGCAAGGUGCAGGAGCUGGACACACUGCGGUUGGAGGUGGAGGAGGCGUAUUCUGACAACGCGCACCUCCGCCAGGAGAACCAGGUGGUCAUGGCCAACGUCAACCGCUGGGUCAAAGAGCAGAGGGUUGCCAGUGAGAGUCUAGCUGCUAAGAUCAGAGGUCAGAACAAGGUGCUGCUCAUCAUCAGUGAGGAGAAACAACAUCUUCAGGAGGCUAACAGGGCCCUAGAGGAGGAGCUGAGGAAAUUGGGAGAUGAGGGGGAGGAGAAGGAGAGAGAGAUGGAACGCUUAAAGGCCCAGGUUCAAGACCGGGGUCAACAGCAGGAGGAGGAGAGGGAGAGCUUUGUGACCACCAACCUGAGUCGGAUCCAGUACAUGCAGGUCAGACUGAGAAGCAACCUGGAGGCUAUAGGCUUGCUCAACAAACAGCUGAGUGCUCUGGGAGGAGAGAACGAGAGAUUGCGUCUGCAGCUGGAGGAGGAGAGAGCAGAGCGCAGACGAGUGAUACCGCCAACCAACCACCGGAGGGGUACCUCCCCCCUUCCCCUCUCUCUCACCCACGGAUCUUCCUCCUCCCUUCCCUCCCUCUCCCCCUCUCUGGAUAGAGACACAGGAUACCCUCCCCCUGCCUCCCACCUUUCCCCCUCCCCUUUUCACCACCCCCCCAGCCACAGCCCCAGUCCCAGGCCAGGGGAGAAGGACACUGCCCUGACCCGAGCAGAGUUGAGCGUGGCUGGGCCGCGGGAGCCAGGUGAGGCCCAGGCUGUUAAUGAGGCCUACUGGGUGAGGAGGGUGGGAGAACUAUCAGUACAGUUGCAGGACAGAGAGCUCUACUGGUCAGGUAGGAUCAACCACCUCGCUACGGAGAUUGAACAGACCAAGGACGUUUCGCCCCUCACCUAACCUCCCGCUGACCACCCUGUUCCCUGACCUCUAAUGCCUGGCAUCUCUUCUUUGUUUGGCUGUUGUUUUGGAUGGGUUCAGUUAUGAAGCCAUAUCACUGUCUCUGAUCACUGUAUGACUGUGUACCAUGUGCUGCAAAUGUUGACAUUUACAUCUAUUUGUGUGUGCGUGUUCCUGCACUCGUACAGUGCCUUGUAACAUGGAGACUGUUGUAGUAAUAUUGAUAGUUAUUGUUGUCUCUCUGAGUUCCAGUUUGAUAAUAAA